CCGGGGUGCGGGCGGCUAAGAUGAGUGAAAGGAGAAGAUCUGCAGUCGCCCUGAGCUCGCGAGCACAUGCCUUCUCCGUUGAAGCCUUGAUCGGCUCAAAUAAAAAGCGGAAACUGCGAGACUGGGAGGAGAAGGGGUUGGACCUGUCCAUGGAGGCGCUGAGCCCCGCGGGCCCACUUGGAGACACGGAGGACGCGGCCGCACAGGGCCUGGAGCCUCACCCGGAUUCUGAGCAAAGCACGGGUUCAGACUCUGAGGUGCUCACUGAGCGGACUUCCUGCUCCUUUGACACUCACGCUGACCUGGGCCCUGGUGCUGCAGGCCCUGUGCCUGCUGCCAUGUCUUCCAUGGAAGAGAUUCAGGUAGAGCUGCAAUGUGCUGACCUCUGGAAGAGGUUCCAUGACAUUGGAACUGAGAUGAUCAUCACCAAAGCAGGCAGAACUGGACUGGAAGCCAUCAUGGAGACUUAUGCGUUCUGGAGACCCCCUGUACGCACACUCACCUUUGAGGAUUUCACCACCAUGCAAAAGCAGCAAGAGGAGAAAAAACUCAGUCCGAACAAUGGGAAUGAAUUGCUUAGAUCUGACAGUGAGGAGGGGACCGCUUGCAAGCCCAUCUGA